AUGGUGGAUGUCGGUUGUGUGAACCCUUCUUCUAAUUGCAAUAUCAACGGCAACCAAGAGAGCCCAAAAAAACCGAAAGAUAAGAAGAUGAAGAAGAAGAAGAAGCGUGGAGGGAGCAAGAAGAAGAUGACAGUUGAACAGGCUUUGGCUUUCAAAGCCGUCAACGAAUGGGUUUAUUUGGAUCAGCAAUUGGUUGUUGAUGAUUUUGAUUUCGGAGUACAGAAGACUGUAAUGAUGAGGAGAGACAAGGUUGUGUUUGAAUUGCAUUCUCAUUCCAAAUCCAGUGAUGGCUUCUUGUCUCCUUCCAAGCUCGUCGAGAGAGCUCAUGGAAAUGGGGUGAAAGUUCUUGCUCUUACUGAUCAUGACACAAUGUCUGGUAUACCUGAAGCUACAGAAGCAGCUCGCAGAUUUGGCAUCAAGAUAAUUCCAGGUGUUGAAAUUAGCACAAUAUUCUCUCCAAGAAAUCCUGAAGCAGAGGAGCCAGUACACAUCUUGGCAUAUUACAGUAGUGGUGGGCCAGCUAGGUUUGAUGAACUGGAAAGGUUCUUGGCUAAAAUAAGAGAUGGUCGAUACCUUCGUGCAAAAGAGAUGGUCCUGAAACUCAAUAAACUCAAGUUGCCUCUUAAGUGGGAGCACGUUACCAGAAUUGCAGGCAAAGGAGUUGCUCCUGGAAGACUGCACGUGGCUCGAGCUAUGGUUGAAGCAGGCUAUGUAGAGAACCUGAAACAAGCUUUUGCCAGAUAUCUGUAUGAUGGUGGACCUGCUUAUUCCACAGGAAAUGAGCCUCUUCCAGAGGAAGCAGUACAAUUGAUAUGUGAAACAGGGGGUGUUGCUGUGCUGGCUCAUCCUUGGGCAUUGAAAAACCCUGUUGCAAUAAUCCAAAGGUUGAAAGAUGCAGGUCUUCAUGGGAUGGAGGUUUACAGAAGCGAUGGGAAACUGGCCGUAUACAGUGACCUAGCAGAUGCUUAUGGUCUACUGAAGCUCGGAGGAUCAGAUUAUCACGGUAGAGGUGGAAAUAGUGAAUCUGCACUAGGAAGUGUUAGCCUCCCAGCAGUUGCUUUGCACGACUUCCUGAAGGUAGCACGCCCAAUCUGGUAUCGUGCCAUAAAGAAUAUUUUCGAGAGAUAUGCUGAGGAGCCCUCAGAUUCGAAUCUAGCAAGGAUAACAAAGUUUGGGGGAACAAAGAUUUUAAAGGGAAAUUCCUCAAUGAGUUGUGGCAAGGAUCUGAUUGAUCGUUGCUUAUCAUUGUGGUUAACAACUGAGGAGGGGCAGACAUGCGAUUUGGAGGCCAUUAAAACAAAGCUCUCCUAUGUUAAAAUUAAUCAAGGUGGGAUUCAUGUUCCUAUAGAGAGAAACUAA